CAGCAAUGACAUCACAAACCACGUACUGAUUGAUUGCACUACGUUCAGCAGGCGGCCAAUACAAGUUUUCUGUAAUAAAGGCAUAAGGUAUUAAUAUGAUGGAAGAGUUGGGUGACAAAGAAGGAGUAGGAACGUCACAGUUAGCUGGAACACCAGCCCCUGAUCCGGUGAUAUUACCAUCAACUAUUUCAAGCACUAUUCCAGACAAUAGCAUAAAUCUCCCACAGUUUUUUACACCACCACCAUCGCAAGGUAGCCCCCAAAUAUUCACACCAUCGAUGAUGGCUGGCGCUGCUGCAGGAAUGACGGACGUUUCAACCCCAGUUAUGCCCCCACCACAACCAGCAGCAAACUUUGCACAGUCACCUCCACCAGUGGGUAUGUCACAGCAUACGUAUGGAUAUCAAAGUCAAGCAGAUCCUCACAGUAAAAGCACAAUGCAGAGUCCUUCACUCCAGCAAACACACCACAGUGAAAGCGCUUCAAUCAAUGUACCAUUUGAUGCAACACCAGACAUGCAACAAAACCAACACCAGCAUCAAACUGGUGAAGGCAGUGGGUUAUUCUUUGGCUGGGGAUCCAGUAUAGUCAAGAAAGUCAUGGAAAAAACAAAGAGCUCAGUUGAUACCAUGAUCACUACCCUCGAUCCAGGGAUGGCACCAAUAAUACAUUCUGGUGGUGAUGUAGAGGUAAUUGUAGCGUCGGACAAGGAAGUGAAGGUGGCAGCAGUGAGAGACGCCUUUCAGAAGGUUUUUGGCCGAGCAACCGUGUUUGGUCAAGCGAGCAGCUCAAAUAUUGCACCACAGCCAGAAGGCUAUGCGGCAGGAUUAAAAGGAGCCGAGGAACGAAUUGAAAAUCUGAGGAGAAAUGGAUUAGUGGAUGAUAAACAGUGUGUAGUUGCUGUUGAGAGUUUCAUAGUGGAACUGUUACCGGACAAGUGGUUUGAUAUCGGUUGCAUAGUAUUACAAGAUCCUACAUACAACAUAAAUUUAGAAGUAUUCACGCAAGCUACUCCCAUUGCAUGUCAGUACGUUCAACAAGCUCAGACAAAUACACCACCGGACUACAAUCUCAGAUGGUCUGGAUUAGCGGUAACUGUAGGCGAGGUCAUCGAACGAAGUAAUCCGGGGAUAAACCGAACGGAUUGGCAUUACUCCUUCACAGGAAUGUCGCGUAGAGAUAUGAUCUUCAGCAGUGCUGUAAUGUUAGCGGGCCUUUACAAACAAAGUUUGCCUUAUAAGUCACGGUAAGAUGCAUUACCUGGUAAAUGUUGUCAGUCAAAAGGCAACACAUUGUUACAAAGAAACUUUGAUUGAAAAGGAGCCUUGCUGUUGUAGUUUUGGACUUAUUUAUCUUGGGAUACACAUAAAAAAGAAAAAGCAAAGAUAACCAUAUAUUUAUAUUUAUAUGAAAAUUGAAUUUGUACUGUAGAAUAUCAGCAUUCUGUAGUAUGUAUGAAAAUUGAAUGAAUUUGUAAUUAAAGUUUUCAUUGGAUAAGCAAACCAAAGCUACUAAGCAAAAUAUUGAGCUGCUGUAGUUGACUUCUGACCUUUACUAGAGUACUUAACUUGCUGAAAAGAAUUUUGUAAGCUUUGUUGAUUUCUCUACAAAUUUAAUUGUAAGAUAAAUGUUAUUGUCUAAUAUGACACUGACAGUUUGUUUUUUUCCUUAUUCAUUGAUUAUUUCUUAACAUAAAACUAUGUAAGAGAAAUAAACUAAAAUAUGUAUUGCAGUCGUUUGCAGGACUAAAUAAAAUAAAACAUGCUAUUCAGUUUAAUUUAAAAUUAAAUGAAUAUUAUUUUACAUUUCUUCAUAUUUAUCAAAAAUUACACUACAAAAGAUUGCAUAAUUAUGCAACUUCUGCCUUAUUUUUAAAUGCCAAAUUGUUAAUAGUUGAAUUUAUUGUAUCUGUGAGAGAGAAUAAUUGUGUACUUUCGUGCUAAUGAGGCCUGUAACCAGGAUGUAAAUGGUGAAUUUUUCAUCAUUUUGAUGUUUUUUGAUUCAUGGAAAAGGGGUGGUUUGUUUGGCUUACUGGUGGUGUUCGCUUUAAAAAGGGGUUUGGCCGAACCAUAGAACCCCCUCCUGGUUAUAGGCUUGUAAAGCUGAUGAGUUUUGAGGUGAUGAUAUAAAAGAACAUAUUGUAGACAGAGAAAGUAUUAAUGUUUCAUUUUGGUGUUUUUCUAUUCAGUGGAUAUAGAGUGUUAUCAAGGACAGAUUUACCCACAAAAAGAUCAGCAACAAUGACAAUAUAAUUGAAUAUAUAAA